CAGCGCACCCAGUCGCUCAACGACGCCUUCGCCGAGCUGCGCAAGAUCAUCCCCACGCUGCCCUCCGACAAGCUGAGCAAGAUCCAGACCCUCAAGCUGGCCGCCCGCUACAUAGACUUCUUGUACCAGGUCCUGCAGAGCGAUGAGCUGGACCACAAGAUCACCAGCUGCAACUACCUGGCCCACGAGAGGCUCAGCUACGCCUUCUCCGUCUGGAGGAUGGAAGGGGCUUGG